AUGGCCAGCAAUGGACAGCAUCCCAGCCCUGACUGUUGCCAGGACUCCGAGGACGAAUACGACUCGAACGGAGAUUACAAGGGCAAUCACCAUGGCCAGCUGCUUCUGACGGCCGAGACUUUUCAGAAUGGAUCAGCCUGGAAGGCCUCAAGCGCAGAUAAUCCGCUGGCCACAGCACUCCCAACCGGUGAGAAUGGCUGCAAGAGGCGCAAGUACAACCAAAGCCUCACCGUGCCCAAGAUCACCGUCACCUCUCCGGACGGCCUCGUCUCCUACGGCGGUUGGGAUACUCCUGUCCGCAUGGCCAGGCGGAAGAAGCGACCGGUUGAUGCACAACUCCUCCACGUUGCAUGGAGACCGGCCAGCGGUUCGGAAAAGCCCGGUUGCAGGUCAUCGUCGCUACAGCAUGAGCAGGGACAGUAUACGCUAGCCACGAUUGAUGAUGGUAUCGCCAGGCUGGUGAUGAAGAAGAAAAAUAAGAAGAAGAAGAAGAAAAAGAAGAAUGCCAGUGUCGAGGACAAUGACGGUGAUGACAAGUUGUUAGACUAUGAAGAAUAUGAUUGGGACGAUUAG